GGAAGAGGCGGAGCGCGGGACGGCGGCGGGAAAAAAGCGCGCGGAAGGGGUGCUGCCAUCCACUGCACCACUUCGCCUGCCUCCGUCCCGCCGCGCCACUUCGUCUUCCUCAGUCCCGCCGCGCCAUGCCCGUCGCCGGCUCAGAGCUGCCGCGCCCGCCCUUGCAGCCCGCCUCACAGGAGCGGGACGCCGAGCCACGGCCGCCGCACGGGGAGCUGCAGUACCUGGGGCAGAUCGAGCACAUCCUCCGCUGCGGCGUCAGGAAGGACGACCGCACGGGCACCGGCACCCUGUCGGUAUUCGGCAUGCAGGCGCGCUACAGCCUGAGAGAUGAAUUUCCUCUGCUGACAACCAAACGUGUGUUCUGGAAGGGUGUUUUGGAGGAGUUGCUGUGGUUUAUCAAGGGAUCCACAAAUGCUAAAGAGCUGUCUUCCAAGGGAGUGAAAAUCUGGGAUGCCAAUGGAUCCCGAGACUUUUUGGACAGCCUGGGGUUCUCCGCCAGAGAAGAAGGGGACUUGGGUCCAGUUUAUGGCUUCCAGUGGAGGCAUUUUGGGGCAGAAUACAGAGAUAUGGAAUCAGAUUAUUCAGGACAGGGAGUUGACCAACUGCAAAGAGUGAUUGACACCAUCAAAACCAACCCUGACGACAGAAGAAUCAUCAUGUGCGCUUGGAAUCCAAGAGAUCUUCCUCUGAUGGCACUGCCUCCAUGCCAUGCCCUCUGCCAGUUCUAUGUGGUGAACAGUGAGCUGUCCUGCCAGCUGUACCAGAGAUCGGGAGACAUGGGCCUAGGUGUGCCUUUCAACAUCGCCAGCUACGCCCUGCUCACGUACAUGAUUGCGCACAUCACGGGCCUGAAGCCAGGUGACUUUGUACACACUUUGGGAGAUGCACAUAUUUACCUGAAUCACAUCGAGCCACUGAAAAUUCAGCUUCAGCGAGAACCCAGACCUUUCCCAAAGCUCAAGAUUCUUCGAAAAGUUGAGAAAAUUGAUGACUUCAAAGCUGAAGACUUUCAGAUUGAAGGGUACAAUCCGCAUCCAACUAUUAAAAUGGAAAUGGCUGUUUAGGGUGCCUUUAAAGGAGCUUAAAGGAUAUUGUCAGUCUUUAGGGGUUGGGCUGGAUGCAGAGGUAAAAGUUCUUUUUGCUCUAAAAGAAAAAGGAACUAGGUCAAAAAUCUGUCCGUGGCCUAUCAGUUAUUAAUUUUUAAGGAUGUUGCCACUCGCAAAUAUAACUGUGCCAGUUCUUUCCAUAGUAAAAGGCUUUGAGUUAACUCACUUUGAGGGUAUCUGAAAACGCUGAGAUUAUGAACAAAGGAGAAUGAAAUGUAUGUGCUCUUAGCAAAAACACGUGCGUGCAUUGCAAUCCCACGUCCUUAUAAAGAAGGUUGGUGAAUGUUAAGAAUUUCACAAGCUUCCCUCAAAUCUGAGGGAGCUGAGUAGCACCAUCAGUCAUGAUGUAGAGUGUGGUUAUGAACAUUUCAAGUUACAGUCGUUUUAUAUGUUGCGAUAAUAAAGAAGUGUUCUGCAUUUGUC